AUGAGAUUGAUCUCGCAGCAAAUUCAUACUUUACGCGGUUGCGCACUCUGCUUCGAGUUGGCGACGAUUGACUUUACCAAUAAGUUCAACGCGAAGUAUAACACACCACCAGCAUCUCCAUUGAUUUCUCCCGUCUAUGUGCCAGUGAAUAUUCAACAAGCAAUUGUUAUACCAACAAUCGAUGCCGAUAAUGAUGAAGUUCGUUGUCGAUUUGAUAAAGGUUCAGCAGAAUGUACCGGUGUAUGUCCACCAGACUCAUUACCAAAAGGAACAUUUAUCUUAUCCAAUCUUACACUACUUAUCACUGGUAGUGAGUCAUCUGAUUGGUACAUCGCUGCAGUUAUGAUUAAAAAUUUCAUUGAUUCAACUUCAAAAGACACCACUGAGCAAUAUUCCUAUUCAAUUUUUAGUUCAUGUCCAAGCAAUAAUAUGCAAUCGAAUCAAUAUUAUGCUACAUUUACAGUAGCUGAAAAUGAUAAUGUUCAUAUUUCAUUGAAUUCUCAUUGGGAAGCAUUAUCACCGAGUGCAUAUUUAGUAUGUUUGGGAUUUGGACUACAAAAUGGUAUGUGUACGACGUAUUCAGGUGCUGUUAUUCGUACGACACAUGUAACAGGAACAAUGACAGACAUCGGACUUAUUCUUGGACAAGCUGUUUUUCACAAGCGAACUCGUAAAAACUUGUGGAAAUUAAAAAUCUUAGUACCUCUAUACUUAUCUUUCCUGUUUGGUGCUGUUGUUGGUUGGUUCGCUCAUGAAUGGUUACAUGAUAAAGCGAUAUUAAUACCGUGUGCAAUUGUGGGAUGUUUAGGUUUAGGACAUAUUACUUACUGUCGAAUGAUUUCCAAUCUUCAUAUUGAAAAAAUACAAAAGAAGAAUGAAGAAUUAUAUAGUUCUGCAAAAUUCUCUGCUACUGUGUCCGAUGUUGUUGUAAAGACGAGUAGUAUAUCAGAUAUACAAUCAAAUGAAGUUGAUGAUGAUCUAAUAGGACAAAACACGACAGUUUCACUGAUUACACAUAAUGAUUCUGCACAAGUUAAACAGCAGGAUCAACCGAUGUUUUUCGUAUAG